CACUUGGUUGUUGUAUCUACGGCUGUCUGCUGCAACUUUUGUGGGUGGAAGAUCACGUGACUGUAGCCCCGCCCACCGCCAGCUACCAGGCAGUGAUUGAACACCUAGGAGCUUCUGUUUACACUCUGUUCCAUAGCUGUAUUUUCCUCCACAAAUUCUCACAGCCAAUUCUUCCCUCAUUAUGGGGGACAAGGCAGGCACCCGGGUUUUCAAGAAGUCUAGUCCCAAUUGCAAGCUUACCGUAUACCUGGGAAAAAGAGAUUUUGUGGAUCAUCUUGAUCACGUAGACCCUGUUGAUGGUGUAAUCCUGAUCGAACCUGAAUAUCUCAAAGAAAGAAAAGUGUUUGUGACUUUAACCUGUGCUUUCCGGUAUGGCCGCGAGGACCUUGACGUUUUAGGGCUGUCCUUCCGGAAAGAUCUUUACAUCUUCACUUUUCAAGCCUAUCCUCCCAUUCCAGAGGAAUCCAAGCCCCACAGUCGUCUGCAGGAAAGACUUUUGAAGAAACUGGGCCAGAAUGCUUAUCCUUUCCAUUUCACUAUACCUCAAAACUUGCCAUGUUCGGUUACCCUGCAGCCUGGGCCUGAGGACACAGGAAAGGCCUGUGGGGUGGAUUUUGAGAUCAGGGCUUUCUGUGCCAAAUCAAUGGAAGACAAGAAUCACAAAAGGAAUUCAGUGCGACUAGUGAUUCGUAAAGUCCAGUACGCCCCUGAGAAACCUGGCCCACAGCCAAUGGUGGAGACGACAAGGAGUUUCCUCAUGUCAGACCGGUCUUUACACCUAGAGGCUUCAUUAGAUAAAGAGCUGUAUUACCAUGGAGAGCCCAUCAGUGUUAACGUCCAUGUCACCAAUAACUCAACCAAGACUGUCAAAAGGGUUAAAAUAUCAGUACGACAGUAUGCUGAUAUCUGUCUCUUCAGUACAGCACAGUACAAAUGUCCAGUGGCUCAGAUAGAGGCAGACGAUCAAGUGGCAUCCAGCUCUACUUUCUGUAAAGUGUACACACUCACGCCCACUUUCAACAACAAUCGAGAGAAGAGAGGGCUGGCGCUGGAUGGAAAACUCAAACAUGAGGACACCAACCUGGCAUCCAGUACCAUUGUGAAGGAUGUGAGUAAUAAGGAAGUUCUGGGUGUCCUAGUGUCCUAUCGGGUCAAAGUCAAACUGGUGGUCUCCCGUGGAGGGCUUUUAAGCAGCUUGCUGGAGAGGGAUGUUUCAGUGGAACUGCCUUUUGUCUUAAUGCAUCCAAAACCCACAGACUCCACCCUUUUCCAUUCGACCUCAGCUGCUCCAAUGUUGGAUCCACCAAUUGACACCAAUUUGAUAGAGUUUGACACAAACAGUUUAACCACAGAUGACGACAUUGUAUUUGAGGACUUUGCUCGCUUGCGGUUAAAAGGAAUGAUCGACAAGGAGGAGGACUGCUGAAUUUUUAUCAUCUCAUUCACCAAGAACAGAAGCGCUUCACAUCAAAUUGUGCAUCUCUUAUCUCCUUAAGGGUGUAACAAAGAAAUAAUUAUUUUCAUCUCAUUGCAAUUAAAGCAGUAUUUGGACAUUUUACUGGGGAAAAAAAGGUGGAGAAAAGUAAAUUACUUGAUUAAUAUACCUGUCAAAAGCUAAUGAAGGAGGGGAUUCCAGGGAAUUUCAUACAUUUUUUCAUAAGCAUGUGAUAAUUAUACUCUCAUAUUGUGCCAACUGUUAUUUUAUGAAUGGCAAGCCCAUCUGUAAAGGUGGCUAAAUUGCUUCAUAUUUAUUCCUUUACAAAGACGGUCUUGAUUUUCCUGUGAUCUUUGUACAAUAACCCCUGUGCAUUACACAAAGAUGGACAGAUUCAGUGACGGGGGCUGUGCAUGUUUCUCUGUGCUGCUGUGAGGAUCAUAUGUGAUUGAGCACAUAUUGUCUUUCUGCAGGUUGUAAAAAUAUGAAAGUGCUGCUUUUAAUUUGUUGGGCUGCUGCAUUUGGUUAAAAAAACAGCCAAUGGAUGUACAGAGAUUUAACAUCCCUCAGGAGAAAGGAAAUUUGUUGUGUUAACAAUUUUCAUAAUCACAGGAUACACUGUUUGCCAUUUUCUUUUAAAACUUUAUUUAAUUUUUUAAUAAAACAAAUAAAAUACAA